AUUUUCAACAUCUACUACAAAGUUCACAGCCUAUAUUACCGGCACCCAGCUCACAAGAUUCUUCCUCAUGUCCUACUCAACAAAAUUGUACAUUACCUGAACCCAACGUAUUAAUUUCUAAUGAUGUAGAGAACUCGACCAUUGAUUAUGACAUAUCUAACACGAAUGAACAUCAAAAUGUUGAGUUUAACAGUCAAGAAAAACUUGAGAUUGUUCCUGACUCAGUAUUUCAAAAUUGGGAUCAGCUUGAUCGUUAUAUUAAAAUGUACACAAAACAGAAUGGCUUUGUAUCAAUAAUUACUUGUUCUGAGUUUGAUGGGGCUACUCAUAGAAGGUGUAGAUAUGCUUGCGAAAAUCAAGGAAUAGGUCAUUCAAAGAAAACAGCUAUUGUGGAGAAUCAAAAACAAUCUCAAACAAAGCGGUUAGGAUGUAAAUG